UGCGGGAGGAGCCGCGCCUGGAGCCGGCCCGGGGCCCCGGAGGGCCCCGCUCGCCCAAGCUGGCGGCCCCGGCGCGCAUGGAGGAGCCCGCGCCCGGCGCCAUCGUGGUGCGCAUCGGCAUCCCCGACCUGCAGCAGACGAAGUGUCUGCGGCUGAACCCCGACGUUCCCGUGUGGGCGUCCAAGCAGCGCAUCCUGUGCACGCUCAACCACAGCCUCAAGGACGUGCUCAACUACGGCCUCUUCCAGCCCGCCUUCAACGGCCGCGCCGGCAAGUUCCUGGACGAGGAGCGGCUGCUGCGGGAAUACCCGCUGGGCCCCGGCGCGCCCCUGCCCUACCUGGAGUUCCGCUACAAGCGCCGCGUCUAUUCCCAGCCGCUGCUGGACGACAAGCAGUUCGCCAAGCUGCACACCAAGGCGAACCUGAAGAAAUUCAUGGAAUACGUGCAGAUGCUGAACUCGGAGAAGGUUUGCCGGCUGCUGGAAAAGGGGCUGGAUCCCAACUUCCAUGAUCCCGACACCGGAGAGUGCCCGCUGACGGCGGCGGCGCAGCUGGAGCUCAGCGCCGAGAUGAUCAAAGCGCUCCGGAACGGCGGAGCCCACCUGGAUUUCCGGACCCGCGAGGGAAUGACGGCGCUGCACAAAGCCGUGAGGUGUCGGAAUCACGCGGCCCUGCUGACGCUGCUGGAUCUGGGAGCGUCCCCGGAUUACAAGGACAGCCGGGGGCUGACCCCGCUGUACCACAGCGCCAUGGUGGGCGGGGACCCCUACUGCUGCGAGCUGCUGCUGCACGACUACGCCCGCCUGGGCUGCGUGGACGAGAACGGCUGGCAGGAGAUCCACCAGGCCUGUCGCUACGGGCACGUGCAGCACCUGGAGCACCUCCUGUUCUACGGAGCGGACAUGACGGCGCAGAACGCCUCAGGAAACACCGCCCUGCACAUCUGCGCCCUCUACAACCAGGAAAGCUGUGCCCGGGUUCUCCUCUUCCGAGGCGCCAGCAAGGAAAUCCGGAAUUACAACAGCCAGACGGCGUUCCAGGUGGCCAUCAUUGCAGGGAAUUUCGAGCUGGCGGAAAUCAUCAAAACCCACAAAGAGUCCGAUGUUGUGCCUUUCCGAGAAACUCCCAGCUACACCAAGCGCCGCCGGCUCCUCGGCUCCGGCGGGUUGGCGUCGCCGCGCGUCCUCCAGCGCUCGGCCAGCGACAACAACCUGAAAGCCGAGAGCCGCACCUCGUAUUCCCCGGUGCCGUCGCUCCGGAGCCUCCCGCCGCAGCUCCUGGUCCAGAUGCAGGAAGAGCGGGAGCGGGAUCAGGAUCGGGAGCGGGGUCGGGACCGCGCCGGCAGCGGGGCCCCCCGCGGGGGCCACCCCCGGCCAUGCCCCGCCGGCCCCGCCGGGCCCCCCGCCGGCCCCGGUGCCGAGCCCGCGCCCCACGCCGCGCCCGCCCCGCUGCGCGGGCCCAAGCGGAAGCUUUACAGCGCCGUGCCCGGCCGCAAGUUCAUCGUGGUGAAGAGCUACGCGCCGCAGGGCGAUGGCGAGAUCCAGCUCAACCGCGGCGAGGCCGUCAAGGUGCUGAGCAUCGGCGAGGGCGGAUUCUGGGAAGGCUCCGUGAAGGGCAGGAGCGGCUGGUUCCCGGCGGAAUGCGUGGAGGAGGUGCAGAUGCGCCAGUACGACUCCAGGCAAGAAACCAGGGAGGACCGGACCAAGCGGCUUUUCCGGCACUACACCGUCGGAUCCUACGACAACUUCACCUCCCACAGCGGAGGAUCCAAGGUUCUGGAGAAGUUUGGGAAUGUGGAACAUUCCCAGCUCAUUUCCCAGCGGAUGAUCCAAGCCGAGACCCCGAUCGAGGAGUUCACGCCCACGCCGGCAUUCCCAGCGCUGCAGUACCUGGAAUCCGUGGAUGUGGAAGGAGUCGCCUGGAGAGCGGGAUUGCGCACGGGGGACUUUCUGAUCGAGGUGAACGGAGUGAACGUGGUGAAGGUGGGGCACAAGCAGGUGGUGGCGCUGAUCCGGCAGGGCGGGAAUCACCUCCUGAUGAAAGUCGUGUCCGUCAGCCGCAAGCCCGACUCCGAGGAGGGAUCCCGCAAAAAGGCUCCGCCGCCGCCCAAGAGAGCGCCCAGCACCACCCUCACGCUGCGCUCCAAGUCCAUGACGGCCGAGCUGGAGGAGCUGGCCUCCAUGCGGAGAAGGAAAGGGGAGAAGCUGGAUGAGAUCCUGGCGGCCGCCGAGCCGGCGCUGAGGGCGGAGCUGGUGGAGGCCGAUUCCAGGGCGGCCACGGUGAAACAGCGCCCGACCAGCCGGAGGAUCACCCCUGCGGAGAUCAGUUCCCUGUUCGAGCGCCAGGGAAUGGCGCAUUCCGGGGUCCUGGCGGGAACGGAGAAGCCCCACGUGUCCCUCCGGAAGGGAAUUCCACGGACCAAGUCUGUAGGGGAAGACGAGAAGCUGGCCGCGUCCUUGCUGGACGGGAAGUUCCCGCGGAGCACCUCCAUGACGGACACGGUCCGGGAAGGCCACGGGAUCCCCCCUCCCCCGCAGACCGCCCCUCCCCCGCCCCCCUCCCCCUAUUACUUCGACACCGGCCCCCCUCCGUCCUUCUCGCCGCCGCCGCCGCCGGGCCGGGCCUACGACACCAUCAGGUCCAGCUUUAAGCCGGGCUUAGAGGCCAAACUGCACGGGCUGCCGCAGGUGCUGAGCGCGGCCGAGAUGUACGACCAGGCCAGGGGCUCCAUGCCCUACCCCGAGCGGCAGAAGAGGGCCCGCUCCAUGAUAAUCCUCCAGGAUUCCUCCCACCUCCCCGUGGAACCCACCGAGAUCCCGCGGCCCGGCCCGGCGGUGACGCCUCCGGAGAAGCUCAAGAGGAAGGGCCGGGUCAUCGACAACCCCUACGCCAACAUGGGCCAGUUCAACGUGAGCCUCUUCGCCCCCACCAAGCCGCAGAGGAAGAAGAGUCCCCUGGUCAAGCAGCUCCAGGUGGAGGACGCCCAGGAACGGGCGGCCUUGGCCAUCACCGGCGGCUACUCCUCCCGGGAGCCGUCCCCCACGCGCCGGAGCCACCGCCUGGACUACCAGCACCACCCCGGCAUCGCUCAGGUGGAAGCCGCCGGCCUCCCCUUCGCCACCGCCAUCGCCGCCGGCGUCAUGAAGGACCGGGACCGGCGGCUGGACGAGAGGAGGAAAUCCACGGUGUUCCUGUCGGUGGGAGCCAUCGAGGGGCCGGCGCCGGGCGGCAGCGAGAUGCCGUCGCUGCAGCAGUCGCGCUCCAUCGACGAGCGGCUCCUGGGCAGCCGGGACGUCCUCCUGCCGUCGCCCGUGUCAGCUUUAAAGCCAUUAAUCAGCAGCUCCUCCUCGACCUUCAUCCACCCCCUGACGGGAAAGCCCCUGGAUCCCAACUCGCCCCUGGCGCUGGCGCUGGCCGCAAGGGAACGGGCGCUGUCCACUCAAGUCCCAUCCCGGUCGCCCACCCCGAUCCACAGCCCCGACUCGGACCGAGCCGCGCCCCUGUUUGUGGAUAUCCAAACCAAAGAACCGGACAGGGGGGACUUGGAGAGCUUGGUGUCCCCCGCCUACUCCCCCGGAGGGAAGGCGGUGAUGGCGGCCGACGCCGGCGCUCUGACCCCCACCAAGAGCCCCUGGGGGACUCCGACCACCCUGCGGAAGGAGCCCGAGGUGCGAGCGGAGCCGCCGGGCAAGGAGGAGAAGAAACCCGAGGACAAGAAGUCCAUGAUCAUCAGCAUCGUGGACACGUCGCAGCAGAAGACCGCCGGCCUCAUCAUGGUCCACGCCACCAGUAACGGUCAAGACGAGAUAGGCCUGGAGAUCAAAGAGGAGAGCCCGGCCGUGCCCGAGGUCUGCGCCGAGCCGGCCGAGUCCCCCAAGGCCGAGCCCCAGCCCAGCCCCGUGGGGAAGCCGCCGGCCAGCCCGGCCUCGGAGAAGGCGCUGGGCCAGGGCAGCUCGGAGGAGGAGGUGGAGCCCUACACGGUGACCCUCCCGCCGGCCCAGCUGUCCUCCAGCGACGAGGAGACCCGCGAGGAGCUGGCCAAGAUCGGGCUGGUGCCGCCCCCGGACGAAUUCGCCAACGGGGUGCUGGUGACCACCCCCGGCACCCCCGUGAGCCACCUGGCCGCGCCCGGCACGCCGUCCCUGCCAGCGGCAGCAGUAGCACCUUCUCCCCCCGGCGCGACACCCUCAGGGAAGCCCUCGGACGCCCCCGCGGCCCCGGAGUCGGCGGCGGACUCGGGAGUGGAAGAGGUGGACACCAGGAGCUCCAGCGACCACCACCUGGAGACCACGAGCACCAUCUCCACGGUCUCCAGCAUGUCCACGCUGUCCUCGGAGAGCGGCGAGCCCACCGACACCUACACGUCCUUCGCCGACGGCCAAACUUUUCUACUCGAGAAGCCACCAGUGCCUCCAAAGCCCAAACUCAAGUCCCAGCUCAGCAAGGGGCCGGUUACUUUCAGGGACCCACUUUUGAAGCAGUCUUCGGACAGCGAGCUCAUCUCCCAGCACCACGCGGCCACGCUGGCGGCCACCAGCGCGGCCCGGCCACGCUACCUCUUUCAGAGAAGGUCCAAGCUAUGGGGGGACCCCAUGGAGAGCAGGCCCGGCCACGGGGCCGAAGAGGACAAACCAACUGUGAUCAGCGAGCUGAGCUCCCGCCUCCAGCAGCUCAACAAGGACACGCGCUCCUUGGGCGAGGAACCGGCCGGCUCCGCCCUGGAUCCCGGCAAGAAGUCGCCGGUGGUGGCCGCACGACUUUUCAGUAGUUUAGGCGAGCUCAGCACCAUUUCCCAGCGCAGCUCCGGCACCACCUUCACCGUGCGGCCCGGCAGCCGCUACCCCGUCACCCGCCGCACGCCCAGCCCCGUCAAACCCGCGGCGCUGGAGCGGCCGGAGCCCCUCAGCACCGUCCGGCCCUACGGCCUGACGCCCCCCACCAUCCUCAAAUCCUCCAGCCUCUCCAUCCCCCACGAGCCCAAGGAAGUCCGCUUCGUGGUCCGCAGCGUCAGCGCCCGCAGCCGCUCCCCGUCGCCGUCGCCGUCGCCGGGGCCGCCGCUGCACACGCUGCACCCGCCGCGGCCCUUCAUGCAGAAGCCGCUGCACCUGUGGAACAAGUACGACGUGGGGGACUGGCUGGAGAGCAUCAACCUGGUGGAGCACCGGGACAAGUUCGAGGACCACGAGAUCGAGGGCACCCACCUGCCCGCCCUGACCAAGGAGGACUUCGUGGAGUUGGGGGUGACCCGCGUGGGGCACCGCAUGAACAUCGAGCGGGCGCUCAAGCAGCUGGUGGACAGCUGA